AUGCAUACCACACGGUUGGGAUCAAUGACGUCCCCGACGAGAUCAUCAUCAUCAUCAUCAUCACCACUCCUCCUCAGGAGCUUCUUCGUCCUCGUCGUCACCCUCUCCUCUUCGGUGUCAUUCUCGACCGCCCAGUCACAACCAUCCGAUCACACCCUGGUGGGAUGUACCUCGAUCCCAGGUUGUUCGUCCGACACGGGGUGCACGGUCGGCAACGCCACCAACAUUUUCCUGGGUGCCACCACGUUCAACGCCACCUUGCCUCCCUCGUCUCGGUCCGACUCAAACUCCCAAUCGGUCGAGUUGACCUGGACGGUCGGCGCCUUGUCUUCCUCUUCCUCGUCGUCAGCCUCGGAUACUCAGUUCACCAAGAACUUUUACCUCGGGUACCCUCCCACGCUGGACCUGAGCGGUACGAGCGCCUUUGCGGGAUGCGCACUCUUCUUCGAGGGGAUAGCCCGGAGCAUAUCCCUGAACGGCACCGAGUACGGGAGCAUGACGUGCGGCGCGGCCCUCGGUGACGCCUGCGCGAGUGACUUGCUAGACCAGGCCGAGAAGCAGAUCCAGACCUCGAUGCAAGGGGGGAAAGAAGGCGACGACGCUUGUUCAAAACUACAAGACACACUCGAGAGAAAUCCACCUCAAAGUUGUAGGUCGUUGGCGACCGUCACGUGGGGGAGUGUCGUCGCAAAAGAUCUGACCGGCCCAAACGCUCCAUUAUCACCACCACAGACGACGACGACGACGACGACAGCACAAGGUUCGGAAUGUCAUCCUACCUUGGGGGGCAAAAAUUACAACGUGGCACUGAUCGAGUCACAGACCGUUUCAUCCGAGGAGGUUUCGAGUGACCACGCACCGUUCUUCUACUCCAUCACUCCAGUCGUCAGUGUUUUUUAUACCACUGGAUCUACCAGUGCUUCAUCAAACGCAAAGGCGUACAUGUCUUGUCUCAAGGUGGUCGAUGAUAGUGUGUCCGGUGGUGGCUCAUCCAGUGGAAAUGGUCUGUCCACUAGUCAAUCUUCCGAUGCCGCGUCCGGCCGAUCGGGUCGAUCGAGUUCGGUGAUGUGGUCGUUGUCGUUUAAUUUCGUCACGACAAGUCUGGUGGUUGUUUUGUCUGGACUGGUAUGAUGGCAGCAACUGAAUGAAUGGGGGUUUUGAUUCAUCUACACUAUUUUCUCUCUCUCUCUCUCUCUCUACCUUGCUGUCUUUGCACGAUUUUCACAUCUCACAUCACAACUUUUGACACUGAUACUCUGUCAUUGACGACGAAAUCAAUUUGUACCCCACGACAUGAACGUUCUCGGUUGAC